AUGACACCAAUGAAAAUCGGCGGUAGCGAAAAAAGUUAUGGUAGACAUACUAGAGAUACUAGCAUAUCUGCUGCUUCCACAUACACUGCCGCGAGUACAGUAAACACUCAGCCGUACCUUCCCAUAGCAGAAAAAUUUCACUCACCAACAAAAUCCUUCACAAGUUCGUCAACAUAUAUAGAAUACCCAAUAGAACAUGUUGACGUAGAAGCAAUAUGGUAUCGGAAAUAUUUUAUACAAAACCAACAUCCUACUUUUGUAGGAAUCACUGAAUCAUAUGGCACGGUGAUUAUUUCAUUAAUGUUGGAUGGAAAAACCAUCAAUAAUAAUCGUGAUAAUAUCUAUUGGUAUAGAUAUAUUUUACGCAAAAAGGAAUUGCCUGAUGAUCGUGGUGUGUUGGCGGGUCCUCCACCGAGUCCCCUUAAUGAUCCUCCAUGGGAUGUGUUAUUGAGAAUGAUUUCACGUGAAUUAGUUCAACCACGUAUCAAAAAAUUAAUAACAACACGAGAAUUAUCCGAAAAGUUGCUUGCUCUCGAUGAGGAUCGACUUCAAACGACCUAUAAAGUAGGGGUGUUGUAUUGCGCUCCAUCACAGACGACAGAAGAGGAGUGGUUUUCAAACACUUCAACAUCAAGAACUUUCUCGGAUUUCUUGGGGAUAUUGGGAAAGUUAGUAAAAUUAUCGGAAUUUGAAGGAUUUUCGGGUGGUCUGGACACAAAAUCGAAUGAGACCGGUGAAUAUUCGGUUUACGAUGACGAAACCCUUAAAAAUUAUGAGAUCAUGUAUCACGUUAGCACGAUGCUCCCGUAUGAAACCGCAAAUAAAUAUCAAAUCACGAGAAAACGUCAUAUAGGAAAUGACAUUGUUUGCAUAAUAUUUCAGGAUGUGUCAAAACCUUUCUUGCCUUCUUCGAUACGUUCACAAUUCUUACAAGUUUACGUCAUAGUUAGUCCUGUGGAGUUCCAACUUGAUGAUGAUGAAUAUGGAUGGCGUACCAGUAAUAGAGUUGGUUAUCGCGUGGAGAUCGUAUGUAAGGAUGGGGUACCUUAUUUUGGUCCUUCUUUACCGAAUCCCCCAAUAUUUUAUGAUCCGAUAUCUUUAAGGCAAUUUUUGGUCGCCAUCAUUAUAAACGGUCAAAAUGCUGCGUGGAAGACUCCAAAAUUAUCGGAACCAUUUCAAAGAGCUCGUGGUGGUAUAAUACAAGACAUUGCGAAUAAAUUAGUUAUAUUCUCGAAUGAAGUUGCACCAUCACCUCCUCACCCUCCCAAGAAGCAGUCCCAUGUUGAAUUGAAUUACAUACUGAAGAGGUUAUUCGUGGACCGAUUAAAAUUUGGAGGGAUUCCCCCUGACAUGGCACAUGUUAAGGAGUUGCUUGAAAAAGGUGCCAAUCCAAACAUUAGUAUACCUCAACCUAAACCGUUGAAAGAAAAGGUUUAUAAUAAUCAAGUUUCAUAUUCUUUGGGAGAAUGUGAACAUUGUAAUUUCUGUCCGACUCACUCCCAUUCAAAUUCACUUUUAUCAUCAUCAUCUAUCAAAACAACAAAUAAUCAAAAAUCACACAAACUUCCAAAUAUAUUAUUCGCUACGAUAGCGUUGGCGGAUGAUCCCGUUUAUGUAAAAUUUUUGAUAAAUUAUGGAGUAGAAACGAUGCCAAAAGACUCACAUUUUCCAAACGCGUUUGUAUUUGCCGCCACUCAUAAACGCGUUGAAACAAUGAGAUGUUUAUUAGAGAACGUUCCCGCCUUGUCAGAUCCGGAAUCAGUUGAUACGGCGAUCAAUGAUACAUAUAAUCGUGUCUACUCUCGAAAUACAAGUAGAAAUGGUAAUAAAUUGUAUGCAGCUUAUGCAUUUAAACAUUACGAAAGUAGUUUUUGGAAUACUGAAGCAACAAUUUUCUUUGGAAGGUUACGAGGUGUUUCAUAA